AUGCCUCCCUUGUCGGCGUACACCCCGUUUGAGUCUUUACUCUUUUUCCAAACCCUCGCUGCCUCGAAAGAGCCGCCCGCCAAUUUCACGUCAAUUUCCAAAUCUCUGAACGAGAAUCCCUUGGUGCGCCAAAAUGUAGCCUUCAGUGCUGAGCGUCUCAGCCCGGAGGCUCUGGAGGAUCUAUAUGCGACACUACUUCGCGACGGAUUUGAUCGCGAAGCCUGCCCUACCGGCGCAUAUGGUCGUUCACCCGACAACCAUGGCUCGAACAAUCUCAAGAAACGCAAAAUUUCGAGCCCGCGACCAGAAGGAACAAUGGAUGGGCUUUCACAAGCGACUUUGAUUCCAGAUCUGGUUGCCCGUCUGUACGCUCGAUACAAGGAGUUGGCGACCCAAGAGAUUCGGGAUGAGGAGAAGCGGUACAACGAAAUCAAGGGUGAAAUCGAACAAUUACAGAAAGAGAGUGCACAGCAAGCGACAGCGGCUUGGCGCGAAACGGAAGUACCACCAACUUCUCCGAAGAUCGAGCGCAAACAGUCCUUGGAUGUUAAUGUGAAGCUGGAACCGCCCCGCCAGGAACCUCCUCAACAAAAGAUUCCGAUCGCAGGUCAAGCCGAGUCAAGGCAGCCCCUUCCAGCAGCUAUACCUGCAGCCCCGUCUCGAUCUCAGGAAUUGGCUCACCCGCCCAGCGCGCCGAGCCCACCAGUUGCGGUGCCUGAGAUCCAACAAACUCGACAGCAAACCCAGACUACCACAGCCCCGACUAGUCAGGAUGUGACCGUUCAAAGCAGCAAAGUUCACGACGUCUCCGCUCAUCCUCAUCAGCAACCAAUUGCGCCAAGAGCGCAACUACCAGAUCCCUCCACUCCCGUUGCGACACGCGUGGUGCCGUCCCAUCCUUCGCAAGUUGCACCACGACCUCAUGGUCCCAUCAUCACGCCUUCCGCCUCGGUCAAACCCAACUUACCCCUGUCUACCUCACAACACCCUACACCCACUCAAUCAAGCUUUCAGCAAUGGCAGCUUGAAGCGUCUCCACACUCUCCUUACUCGGCAGUGUCACCUGCUACUGCCGCACCAGCCACGGUCCCCGCAGUCACUAAGCCACCCUCUGUGCCUCUCCUCGGGGCUGUAAGGGCGCCGUCACGAGUCUCUCACUCCUCGACUAUCCCAAGCACCCCUGGUACCUCCACCCCGCUUGUCCACACCCCAGCACAUGGUGGCUUAUCGCACGGCUCACAGACUCCAAGCGUGGUGAUUCCGGCCUACGCAGAACGGAAGGAUUCACGGCCUCGAUUGUCCAUUGAUACACCAGGAUCGUGUACCCCGUGGAAGCGAACGCCCAGAUUCAGCAUUCCCGAGUCUCCGGCGUCUCCGCCACGACCUCGGCCGGAAGACGUGAGCCCAAUUAGUGAACGCGCACCUUCUCCCGACGCGAUGCAGAUUUCGCCUCCUCGCGAAAAGAAAGCGACUCGACGCAGCCAAGCCGCUACGGCGGUGGAAUUACAGGCCACGCCGAGCAUAAAGAUCGAAAAUUUAUCUUCGACCCGCAGGAAUCGAGCAAUCAGUUCUGCCUCCACUCAAAGCCGAGGAAGAUCUGUGGCUUCCAGGGACGUCUCACGGGAGCGGGCUCGCUCAGUGACGCGCCGCAAAGAGCCCGCGACAGUCACAGAUGAUCAGACCCCAAAGGCCAGGCCGAAGAGAAAACGCGGCGCCAGCGAGUCCUUGGAGAAUGAGUCCGUGGUCUUUGAACAACCCAGAAUCGACACCACGAAGUACGUUCUUUGUACACGUGGCUUUCACCGAACUGCGGCCCCCAUCAUGAACGAUGUGACGACUCACAAAUUGGCGUCUAUCUUCGCCAAACCUAUUAGCGAGCGUGAUGCGCCAGGCUACCAUGAUCUUAUCUACCGCCCUCAGGACCUGAAGUCUAUCAAGUCUGCGGUGCACCAAGGCAGUAAAUCCGUGGCCGCGGCCACCGAGGCUGUCAGUACUCCCGCUGGCGACGGGGAGUCCCCGGCACCGGGUGUGGGGACACCAUCCAAAAACAACGUGCUCAUGUUGCAGAAAACGGAGGAUCUCGUCCCGCCGAAGGCUAUCGUCAAUUCAGCACAGCUGGAGAAGGAGCUGAUUCGCAUGUUUGCCAACGCAAUUAUGUACAAUCCCAUUCCCGCUCGAGGGUUCGGACCCGCCUUCCCCAUGAUGAACGAGCGUGGAUCUCGUGAGAGUACUCAGUCCGGCGAGGGUGACGAGGGCGGUAUCAUCCAAGACUCUCUCGAGAUGUUUGAAGACGUUGAGCAAGCAGUGACCCAUUGGCGCCAGGCCGAGCGUACCGCAGAGCGGAAUGCGGACGAUAUGACAAAUAAGAACAUCCUCUUCUUACGUCGUGGCAGUGUGAGCGAUUUCAACACCGACAGUGCGGAUGAUCUCAAAGGGUGA